UUGAUGCUAUGUAUCGUGUGUGGUGUUUAUUGUUUGAGGAAACGCAAACGCAAAGAAGACCCAGAUUGGCGAAUCCCACUUCCAUCACGUUCUGGAUCGCGAGCAACUUUGCGGAAGGGCGACGACAGCGAAUUUGAUGACAACACGAUCAAGAAAACAUUACGAUAUGACGCCACUUAUCGAACAAACGAGCCUCUCGAAGGAAAGCCAAAUAUCAAGUUUGAGCAAAAAAAAAUGGAUCUGGAUGAAGAAGACAUCACAUCCUCAGAAGGAGGUCGCCAAAAUCCACGUGGACUUAUUCAGGAGGGGGUUUUUUCCGGUGACGAAGAGGACGAUGAUGACCGCAAGAGAUUUCCAACAACAUCAACUGAUGGAAUGAGUAAUAAACGUCAGCAGCUAGUGCAACAAUUACAACAGGGACAUGAUAAUACUGCUGACUCCCCUACGCAGACGUACGGCGCAUAUAGUCCAACAUUUAGUGAUAUAGAUCGAACAAGCAGCUUUGCUACAGAAGAGAAUUCACCGCUCAACCAACGCCGCCCUCAAAACGGAAAUUUAAAUCCAUUAUUGAAUAAUAGCAGAAACUACUUUGUUGGUGAAAAUAACCAAACAUUGAUGCAGAAUGUUGGAUUACCAAGUCGCAUGGAUAGUCGCUCAACAGAAGUUUAAUAUCAUUAACAUAUACAAUUUUUUUUACGUAAACAAAUCCAAUCAUUCAAACAUAACAAACAUUCAAUAAGGAUUAUAUUAUUUACAAUAGUAUUUUUAUAGUAUAUGAAAGCAAACAAAGUAAUAACAUUACCCUGAUAGUUAAGAUCCAUAAAUAAAAAUGCAUGGUAAGGAUAAUUUUAAAUAAUCGGACUAUUUUAGGCAGCAUGUUCUUCGCAUUUUUCCACAAUGCGAUCCGCAGGACACUAAAUUCGGUUCGAAUGAAUCCGGUAAUAAUGCAAUUUUGUAAAUCAGAAUGCCUUGACUGGAGGAAAAAGACCAAGCAAUUAUUUUAUAUAUUCAACCAUGUUCUUAUUUGUAUCCCGUUAAGAUAAUUAUGAUUAAAUGAUCUUAUUGAAAAUGUUACAAGAA